GGCCACAUGUUUUGGUACUUUCAACUGUUCUUGAUGUUGGUAUUAUCUGUGCAUAUGUGUGAAUAACCAUUGCUGAUUCUGAAUUUGUGGUGUGAUUAGUCGCCAUAAGCUUUCUUAGCGUGUCGCGAGGUAUAAAUUCAUUCCCAAUCUGGUGUUUUGAAACCUGAAACAUGAGCAGCAGCCGAUUCUUUGCUACCGGCUCAGAUUCUGAGUCCGAGACAUCGUCAGAAGAAGAGCAGGUGCAACGCCAGCCAACUACAGCAUUUACGUUUAGCGAUGAAGAAGAAGAAACGAAGAGAAUUGUUCGUUCUGCCAAGGAGAAGCGUUACGAAGACCUCACGAACAUAAUGAAACAGAUUAGAAACUUCAAGAAAAUAAAAGAUAUGAGCAGCAUGUUAUCGAGCUUUGAGGAACUGAUGCGGGCGUACACUAAAGCACUUCCAGUAAUUAGUAAGGAGGAGAAAGGUCAGACGCCACGUUUCUAUCUGCGUUGUCUUAUGGAAAUGGAAGAUUUUAUAAAUGAUGUUUGGGAAGAUCGUGAUGGAAGGAAAAACAUGUCAAAAAACAACUCCAAAUCUUUGUCAUCUCUGCGUCAGAAACUUCGUAAAUAUAACAAAGAAUUUGAAUUGGAUAUUGCGAAGUUCCGUGAAAAUCCUGAUCAGGCUGAAGAUGAAGAAGAUGAAGAGAAAGAAGGUGAAGAUGAUUCAGAACCUGAAGAUAUAAGACCAUCUUCAUUUAGAAAAGCUGGUUCUGAAUCUAGUGCCACAGAAUCAAAAAUAAUAAAGAAGCCAGUUGAAGAUGAUGAAGGCAGUGAAGACUCAACUGACUGGGGCAGCGAUUCAGAGAGCGACACAGACAGCAGUGACGACGACACUCAGUAUGCUAGUAUCAGAGAACGUUUCCUGAAGAGAAACACUGAAAAAGAAGAAGAAGAAAAGAAAGAGAAAAAGGAGAAAAAUAAAGAACGAAAAGAGAAAGAGAGGAAGCAGAGACGAGAGGAGGAGGAAGAUGGUGAAGGAGGUUGGGAGAGAGUGAAGGGAGGCAUUAUUCCAUUAGAAAAGCCUAAGAUGUUUGCAAAAGAUGCAGAGAUUGAUGUUAAUCUAGUUGUGAAGAAACUGAGUGAGAUCAUCGCGGCUCGCGGGAAGAAACGCACUGACCGCAGAGAGCAAAUUGAGCUGCUUCACGAACUGCAGAGUGUGGCCGAUGCACAUCAUCUUGGUCCCGCUGUUGCUCUCAAGAUUAAGUUUGCCAUCGUCUCCGCAAUCUUCGAUUAUAACCCUAAAGUCUCCGAUGCAAUGAAGCCGGAGUUCUGGGCCAAGUUGUUAGAUGGAAUUUCCGACACCUUGGACUUGUUGUUGUCUACGCCAGAGAUCGUUAUUGGCGAACAUAUCUUGGAGGAAAAUGAAAUUUUUGAUUCAGUUCCUUAUAAGGUGCGAGGCUGUGUCCUGACGAUGGUGGAGCGUUUGGAUGAAGAAUUUACAAAGUUGCUUAAAGAAUGUGAUCCGCAUAGCAAUGAAUAUGUAGAGAGGUUGAAAGAUGAGAAAAUGGUGGCAGCAAUUAUUGACAAAGUGCAGGCAUAUCUGGAACGCCAGAGCUUGUCAGCGGAUCUGUGUCGUAUCUAUUUGCGGAAAAUCGAACAUCUGUAUUACAAGUUCGAUCCAGAUGUCUUGAAACAGAAACAGGGCAAGAUUCCGGCAAACGCAGUGACGAGCGUGCACGUGAUGGAGAAGCUGUGUAAGUAUAUCUAUGCUAAGGAUGGAACUGAUCGACUUCGCACACGUGCCAUCUUGGCACAUAUCUACCAUCAUGCGCUCCAUGACAACUGGUUCCAGGCUCGAGACCUCAUUCUUAUGUCACAUCUACAAGAAGCAAUUCAACAUUCGGAUCCAGCGACACAGAUCUUGUAUAACCGAACCAUGGCACACCUUGGUCUGUGUGCUUUUCGCCAUGCAAACAUCAAGGAUGCCCAUAACUGCUUAGUAGAUUUGAUGAUGACUGGGAAGGUAAAGGAACUGCUAGCUCAAGGAUUGCUUCCGCAGAGACAACAUGAGCGAAGCAAGGAGCAAGAGAAAAUUGAGAAGCAGCGGCAAAUGCCCUUCCAUAUGCACAUCAACCUGGAACUGCUGGAGUGUGUGUACCUGGUGUCGGCCAUGCUCAUCGAGAUCCCCUACAUGGCAGCUCAUGAAUUUGACGCACGUCGCCGUAUGAUUUCUAAAACAUUCUACCAGCAGCUGAGAUCUAGUGAACGUCAGUCAUUGGUUGGGCCUCCUGAAUCAAUGCGGGAACAUGUCGUUGCAGCUUCUAAAGCAAUGCGUAAUGGAAAUUGGUCUGCCUGCAGAAACUUCAUUAUCAAUGAGAAGAUGAAUGCCAAGGUGUGGGAUCUGUUCUAUCAAGCUGAUAAGGUGCGCGAAAUGCUGACACGUCUAAUACAGGAGGAGGCUCUCCGGACGUACUUGUUCACUUAUUCUCAUGUCUAUGAUUCCAUCUCAAUGCCAACACUUGCUGAGACGUUUGAGUUGGAUAAGCCUAUUGUUCAUUCCAUCAUCAGCAAAAUGAUUAUUAAUGAAGAACUCAUGGCAUCUUUGGAUGACCCAACGCACACAGUGGUUAUGCACAGAAGUGAACCGAGUCGCCUACAGUCGCUCGCCUUGCAGCUCACAGAUAAAGUCAACAACUUUGUAGAUUCAAAUGAGAGAAUCUUUGAAAUGAAACAAGGUAACUACUUCAAUCGUGGUGGGAACCAAGGCGGUUUCAGAGAUCGCCAGAAUUUCAACCGGCAAGGGCAAGAUUGGGGAAGGCAGCGUCGAGACAGAGGAGAGAACAGAGCAUUCUGAAGUUAAUCUGUAGAAAUACAUUUUUGUUUCUGUCUUUAUCAGCAUUGAAGUACUGUUGUCCGCAUCAACAGUUAUUCUUAGUAUAUCUUUAUAAAGCUUGAA